UAUCCAGUUUCCAAGUGAAACGGCGCUCCCAAGUUGACGCGUGUAUGUACAGAUAUUUUUUACUUCCGCGCACGAAAUUCAUUUCCAUCUUGUUUCUGAAUCUCUUCGUGAUCGGCUAAAAAUGGAUCCACCGGCUGAAUGUGCUCCUUUCUCCCGUUCAAAGCCUCGAAAGUUCUACAGUCUUCGUCUGUGAAUCAGAUGUCUGUCUUGGUUGAACAUGAACGGUUCCCGGGCCAGAUUCGCUGUAUCAUGGAGACAUGUGUAAUUCGUAACACAGGAUGACUCAGGGCAGUCAAUCAUUCAUUUGCCGCAGCUAAUAUAUAAAGGGGCGGCAGAACUGCGGGCGCUCCUUUUUUUUAUAAGGGCCAAUUUCCCUAACACCACCACCAUCACUACUAGUAACUACCAUGUCCAACGCUAUACCCUCACCAUCGUAUACCAACGCCGGACGUCAACUUCCAUUCCAUGAGUCGCCUUCACAGCGUGUUGCCAGAGUAGACUUUAUCAAAAAGCGAGAGGGGGACAAGCGUGUUGAGGCGUGGGUACGGCUGCAGCAGGAGCACAAACAGUCGCUCUGGGGGGCAGCUACAACAAACACUUGCGGGGAACCAUACAUCGCUACCCCCCACCUCUCUGAGGAUCCUAUUCGCUCGGGUUCCCCAUUCCUUUCCGUGCCGUACAUUCAUCCAGAAGACGAAGAACCAUUCAUCUUCUACUCUUCUGCGCCGUUGCAUCCGGCGUACAUCCCGGAAAUAAUCUAUUCGACGCCGCUGCCGCUGCCGGUCAAGCCCAAGCCGCGUCGGGUGAAACAUGGCAGGCAUCGUAGGCGCCUCUCUGAUUUGGACUCCAUCCCGGAGGAAGUCACUGUUGAGGGAUAAGAGGGAGGAGGAGUGUGUCGUGUCCUGAUGAUAUAUGCACCAUCGGCCUCGCCCGCCGUUACCCAACCAGAGCCGCGGCUCCGCCUGCGAAGGCAUAUAUUUAGCCAUACCCCCU